AUGACUUACGCCGGCCCCCGGCUACUGUUUGCUGCUGCUGCUGCUCUUGCGGCGUUGCUGCUGCAGGCGCAGCAGCAACAGCAGCACCACCGCAGCAGCAGUGGCAUUGUUGUUGUUGCUGCUGCUGGGGCAGGAAAUGAUGAGUUGUCUGAUCCCAUAGAAACAGAGUAUGACGAGGUACAUGAGGACUAUCACGAAGAUGCAAACCCUUCAUCAUCCCCUGUGCAUACACCGCAAACUGCAGCAGACACAGACACAGAGCAGCAGCAGCAGCCACAGCAGCCACAGCAGCCACAGCAACAGCAGCAGGAGUUCAGUGAGCAGACUGUCUUCCCCGAAGAUGAACCACAGCAGUACUACGAUGACCAUCACGAGCAGCAGCAACAACCUCCGCCACCAACACAGGAGCAGGAGCAGCAGCAGCAGCCACAGCAGCAGCAGCAGCAGCCUCCAUACCAUGAUGAAAGGGAACAUCGUUAUCAGUACGAAGGUAUGGAUGAUCCUUACUCCGUAGGUGAUGGUGCGCAGCAGCACGAGCAGCCGCAGCACGAUCAGCAGCAGCAGCAGCCGCAGCAGCACCAGCAUGAGGAGGAUCAGGAAGAUGAUCAACAUAUGCUGGAUUACACCAAUCAGUUUGACGAUCAGCAGCAGCAGCAGCAGCAGCAGCACGAAGGAAUAAGGAAGCAGCAGCAGCAAGGUGAUUCUUCUUAUACAUCAGAAGACAGCGGCAUGUAUGGGCAGCAGGAACCAGAUGAGGAGGACGCUCCUGAGCAGCAGCAGCAGCACGAGCAGCAGCAGCAGCAUACAUCAUCAGAUAGUCACUUGGAGGAACCAGCAGCAGCAGCAGAGGAGCAGAGGCAACAGGAGCCAAGGGAAGAAUCCUCCCCUAGACCGCUGCAGCAGCAGCAACCGCAGCAGCACCGACCGCAACAGCAACCGCAGCACAGACCACAGCAGCAGCAGCAGCAGCAGCAGCAUCAUAGUGGAGAGGGUCCAACUGUAUCAUCUGCUGCAGCAGCAACACCAUCUGUAUUAUCUGAUGAUGAUGAUGAUGAACAUGAGCAGCAGCAGCACGAGCAGCAGCAGCACGAGCAGCAGCAGCACGAGCAGCAGCAGCACGAGCAACAAGAAUCUCUUUCAUCUCCCCAUCAAGAAGGACAGCAGCAGCAGCAAGAACAGCAACAGCAGCAGGAGAAGAAGAAGGAUGAUGUUAAUGAGGAAGGUGGAGGUGAUGAUGCAGCAGCAGCAGCAGCAGCAGCAGCAGCAGCAGACCCCCGUAAUGGUCACUGCAGCAAAGAAGAAUUAUUAGCAUUAAGAGCAGCAGCAGCAGCAGCAAAUGUAUAG